GCAAGGGUGCCAAACUUGUCGAAAAUAACACUAAUACAAAAUAAAAUAAUUUGUGGUUUAUUUAUCCCGUAUUCAGCAGCACUUCAAGUAUUGACAUAAUUUAAAGCGAAUUGGUACAAAAUUCUUAUUUUCGAAACAAAUAGGGACAAUUUUCAGAGUAUCUUCAGUUGGGUCUACGCAAACCUCUGACUAUUCAACUGUAGAAAUGGAGACCUCUCCAUCGGAGAAGAAAGACACACAAGUACAAACUGAGACUCAAGAAGGGACUUCUACUGUCCAAGUAGAUGAAGAAAAGCUUGCAGAAUGGUUGAAAAAGAUUUAUCCUAGAGUAAAGAAAGAACUUGAUGACAAUGUUAACUCUAGGGCUUUCAAAGGAUAUAAGUUAUCAACUGAUUCUUCUGAUGCUAAUUGUAGACUUGUGCAAACUGUAAAUGUGGCAUCACAGGUCAAAGAUGCAGAAAUUGGCUCUCAUGUUUCUGCAUUGUCUUGGAACUCUACAAAUCAAACUUUGGCCGUUUCUUGUACUUAUAAACACAAUUCCUGGUGUUAUCACGAGGGGAUUGUCGCAAUUUACUCACUAGAUCGCGACGAUAAUUUACCAGAAACACCAAAAAUUAAAUUAACAACAGAGUCUUGUGUCACUGAACUUAAAUUUCAUUCAGUUUUACCAGCAAUAAUAGCAGCUGGAUUAUUUUCUGGUGGUAUCAUAAUUUGGAACGUACAGAAAGAGGAAGAACAAGUUGUAGCGAAAGUUGAUGGACAUGGGGAUGGUAUUACACAAUUAUCGUGGAUAAUUGAUAUAAAUUCCACCAAAAAUGUCCUUUUGGCAUCUUCUGGUCUAGAUGGUCUUUUAUCUGUUUGGAAUUUUAGCCUUAAUGAAUCAUCGUUAAUUGUAAAAGAGAGGCAUCAAAUUCGUUCACAACUCAUGCCGAAACAUAGUGAAAGUCAGGAAGAUACUGUUAAAAAAGUUACAAGGGGAGUUACUUGUUUUGAUUUUUCCAAAUAUUCGCCCGAAAUUUUUGUGAUUGGGGCUGAAGGAGGGUUAGUAGUUCAGUGCUGUUUGCUUGGUACCCGAAAAUUGCAAGGGAGUAAAGACGAUGCACCACUUCUCGAUUCUGUUUUUAAAUAUUAUGAGCAGCAUAAAGGUGAAGUGAAUUCGAUUAAAUUUUCACCAAAUCGAAAAGAAAUGUUUAUGACGAGUGGGUCUGACUCGGAAAUUAGAAUUUACGUCAUUGAUCAAGAAGAACCGGCUCAAGUAAUUUUCUUGAAACAACCCUUACUUGAUGUUUCUUGGGUUCCUUACGAAGAGAGAGUCAUUUGUGGAUGUGGUAAAAACGGUGUUAUUGAAAUUUUUAAUUUGUUGAGAGGCAAGACCAUUGAAAAUACGACCAAAGAAAAAGUCAAAUCGGAAAUUAUGACUCAAAUUGAGAUAAACAAAACAAAAAGCAACAUUGUUGCAGUCGGGACUGACAAUGGACAAAUUCAAAUGUGGAGGGUACCUUGGACUUUAUUCGGAAAUUUGUCACUUUAAAAAAAAAUUCAAUAAAUUAUGAUUUUACUGUU